AUGGGAAGAAGAAAUAAAUCAGUCGUAGACAUUCUUUGCGACCAAAACCGCUUAGCCGAAGCAGUUCAAUUACUCAGCCACAUUGUUAGACCCUCUACUUCUCUAUACUCGACCCUCUUACAGCAUUGUCUUCAGCACCGUGCUCUUGAUCAGGCCAAAUUGGUCCAUUCCCACACAAGAGUCUCCGGUUUCGAGCCGGGGCUUUUCCUUUGUAACCGUUUCAUUAAUUUGUACGCAAAAUGUGGGAGUUUUUUGGACGCCCAGACGGUGUUUGAGGAAAUGCCUGAGAGGGAUUUGUGUUCUUGGAAUACUAUGAUUUCUGGGUAUGCCAAAGUGGGGAAGAUCGGUGAAGCUAGGAAACUGUUUGAUGAAAUGCCUCAAAGAGAUAAUUUUUCUUGAACGGCGAUGAUUUCCGGGUACGUUCGGCACCAAAGGCCUAAUGAGUAUUUGGAGUUGUAUAGGAUGAUGCAGAGGCGAGAGAGUUCAAAGUCUAAUAAGUUCACUGUGUCUAGCGUUCUUGCUGCUUCAGCGGCCAUUCAGAGUCUGAGAAUGGGGAGGGAGAUUCAUGGUUAUAUAACGCGAACUGGGUUGGACUCGGAUGAGGUGGUUUGGAGUGCCUUGUCGGAUAUGUAUGGGAAAUGUGGGAGUAUAGAGGAAGCUAGGUGUGUUUUUGAUAAGAUGGUGAAUCGAGAAGUUGUGACAUGGACGGCGAUGAUUGGGAGAUACUUUGAGGAUGGGAAGAAGGACGAGGGACUUGCCUUGUUUUCGGAGUUGAUGAAAUCCGGGAUUAGACCAAAUGAGUUCACGUUUGCAGGGGUUUUGAAUGCCUGUGCUGAUCAUGCUACUGAGAACCUAGGCAAGCAGGUACAUGGAUACAUGACACGGAUAGGAUUCGACCCCUUUUCAUUUGCAGCAAGUGCCCUUGUUCAUAUGUAUUCCAAGUGUGGAAACACUGCUAAUGCGAAUAAGGUGUUUAAAGGGAUGCCUAGUCCAGAUUUGGUUUCAUGGACUUCCCUUAUUGUUGGAUAUGCUCGGAAUGGUCAAGCUGACGAAGCUCUUCAGUUGUUUGAGUCACUACUUAAAUCAGGUACUAGGCCUGAUCACGUAACAUUUGUAGGUGUUCUUUCAGCUUGUACUCAUGCUGGAUUAGUCGAUAGAGGACUUGAGUAUUUCCAUUCUAUUAAGGUAAAACAUGGGUUAAAACAUACUGCGGACCAUUAUACAUGUGUAGUUGAUCUGUUAGCCCGAGCUGGCCGAUUUGAAGAAGCCGGGAAUAUUAUAAGUGAAAUGGCCAUGAAGCCUAGUAAGUUCUCCUGGGCCUCCUUAAUUGGUGGUGGUAGAAUUCAUGGAAACGUCGAGCUGGCAAAGCGAGCUGUAGAGGCAUUGUUUGAGAUAGAACCUGAGAAUCCUGCUAGUUAUGUUACUCUGGCCAACAUUUACGCUACCACUGGAAUGUGGAGUACAGUAACAAUGGUUAGAAAAAAAAUGGAUGAAAGUGGGAUAAUAAAGAAACCAGGUCUGAGUUGGAUUGAGAUCAAGAGAGAGAUGCAUGUUUUCUUAGUUGGGGAACAGUCUCACCCCAGAUACAAUGAAAUAGAUCACUUUUUGAGUGAAAUUUCGAAGAGGAUGAAAGAAGAAGGGUAUGUUCCUGACACGAACUUUGUGCUGCAUGAUGUUGAGGAGGAGCAGAAAGAGCAGAACCUCUUGUACCACAGUGAGAAGCUUGCAGUUGCAUUCGGCAUUGUUUCUACUCCACCAGGAACUGCAAUCAAGAGUUUUUCAUUUUCUAUGUUUUGGACAUAUCUAAGCCGCAGCUUAAUCUUCCAUAGCUCCACAAGUAACCAAAUUCAGAAGGAUUCUCUUCGGUUUCUACAGUACAAUCUUCUUUAGUCCAGCAAACCUACCCAAAAGCUUUCUUCCACUUGGCUUGAAAAUCCAAGCACUCUUUCCUCCCCUUUCAUGCACAUUCUCCAUUUGAUCAUCCCAUCUCCUACAGAGCUCCUUCAUGUCAGCCGAAAUCCUUACAACAUCCAAUGCCACCUUAACUUGCAAGUCCAUCGUAAUCAGCCUUCCAAGAGAAAUAUCCAACUCUUGGAGCUUCUUGUAGUACCUCUGGCUUUUGUAGAAGGU